AUGGCUUUUUCCAAACGACUUAGUCUUCACCAUCGUGAACUGGAAAAGAAUCCAGCUCCAUUAUGUCAUGCACAACCAGAAGAUCCUGAAAAUGAUAUCACUCAUUGGAUUGGUUAUAUUGAUGGACCAGAAGAAACACCAUUUGCUGGUGGAAGAUUUCAUCUCAAUAUUGACUUUCCAGAAGCAUUUCCAUUCCACCCACCACAUAUUCGUUUUAUUACACCCAUCUAUCAUCCAAAUAUUAGUACAAAAGGUGAAAUAUGUUUAGAUAUUCUUCAUUCUCAAUGGUCUCCAGCAUUAAGUAUUCGUGCUCUCUUAAUAUCCUUAUGUUCAUUAUUAACAGAUCCUAAUGUUGAACAUGGAUUGAACCGAGACGCAUUGAAACUCUAUCAAACAGACAAGCAAAAAUAUGAAGAAAUAGCAAGAGAAUGGACAAGAAAGCAUGCUACUAAUUGCUAA